CAUAAUACAAGAGCGCACACACUUCCUGGAGCUUAAACAACCUACAGGGGGAAAAAAAAGAAAAACAAACUAGCCCAUGGACGCAAGAGCUUGAAAGUUUUGCCCCACAUCCGAUGGGUCGGAUGUUUUGUGCUGGUGAUUGGGACACGUAAAACGAGUUUUAUCGCUGUAUUUUCGGGGAUACAGAAAGGCCGAUGUGCGGAGCGGCAGCGACUGUGUGGAGUGAGAGCUGCGCGGAGGGGAGAUCUGUCGACCGCGAGCCAUCAGGCGUCCUAUCGCUAACACACACAACCGGCGGUUUUAUGUCGAUGGAGUACUCUUAAGUGCACUUCAAAGAGACUCUGUGACUUACUCCCCGGUUGAACUGACAGUCAUUACCGCUGUUUGGCAUGUCUAAUACACUGAGUGGGUUUGACGCGCAUUAGCCGCCUGGCUAACGGUUUACAUUGACAGGUUAGCUUGUUAGCCGCUAACCCAAGUUUUUAAAGUGAUUUAUUUUACAUACGCCGCUGUGUAAUGCAGUCUGUGUUGAGGGAAGAAGUGCUUCAGCUUCCGUUUAUAUUAUAGAAACCGUUCGUUUGUGAAGACUGGGGUGUUUUAAGACUAUAUAGGCAGUUAUUUGUGUGUUAAUGCUAGCUGGCUAGCGAUGUCUAUGCCCUCCGCCGAUAUGCUGGAAACACCGCCUGUGUACCCGUUUGAGGAGAUAGAGUAUGGUGAUAUUGAGGUUGAAGAGGUGGUGGGCAGAGGGGCGUUUGGAGUUGUGUGCAAGGCCAAAUGGAAAGGUAGAGAUGUGGCCAUCAAGACCAUAGAAAGUGAAUCGGAGAGAAAUGCCUUCAUUGUGGAGCUUCGACAGCUGUCUCGUGUAAAUCAUCCAAACAUUGUGAAGCUGUACGGCUCCUGCAGUAAUCCUGUAUGUCUGGUGAUGGAAUAUGCAGAAGGGGGGUCAUUGUAUAAUGUUUUGCACGGCGCAGAGCCCCUCCCUUACUACACUGCAUCUCACGCCAUGAGCUGGUGCCUGCAGUGUUCUCAAGGGGUCUCCUAUCUCCACGGCAUGAAACCAAAGGCUCUCAUUCACAGGGACCUCAAACCUCCCAAUCUGCUCCUGGUUGCUGGAGGUACUGUACUGAAGAUCUGUGACUUUGGGACUGCGUGUGACAUUCAGACACACAUGACUAAUAACAAGGGAAGUGCAGCCUGGAUGGCCCCAGAGGUGUUCGAAGGCAGUAACUACAGUGAGAAGUGUGACGUGUUCAGUUGGGGUAUUAUUCUCUGGGAGGUGAUCACUCGCCGGAAGCCCUUCGAUGAAAUCGGUGGCCCGGCUUUCCGUAUCAUGUGGGCUGUGCACCGUGGCACUCGUCCACCUCUUAUUAAAAACCUACCGAAGCCCAUAGAGAGUCUGAUGACUCGUUGUUGGUCCAAAGACCCAUCACAGCGGCCUUCAAUGGAGGAGAUAGUGAAGAUCAUGACCCACCUCAUGAAGUAUUUCCCAGGAUCAGAAGAGCCUCUUCAGUACCCUUACCAGUAUUCAGAUGAAGGCCAGAGUAACUCUGCCACCAGCACAGGCUCAUUUGUAGACUACACAUGUACCAGCAACAAGAAUGACAUCAACAUGGAGCACUCCAACUCACCUGGCAGCAAUGACACCAUAAAAUUUCCAUACAAACCAAAGGGUGACCCUCUAAGGCCUGGUCUCCCUCUCUCCAGAGGGGGCAGUGUUGAGAGUCUUUCUGGUAGACCACAUUUUCUGCCGUCCUCCGACAGCAAACGAAUGAGUGCCGAUCUCUCAGAACUGGACCACAGAUUGCCCUUUGCUCCCGCAGCACAUCCACAAUAUAAGCGAGGCCACCGUAAAACGGCAUCACACGGCACCAUUCUGGACAUUCCCAAGAUCAUCGUCACAGCAACCUGUGAGCCUUAUAGACGCAGAUCAGUGCAGGAUCUUCAUGCCAUUGGUACAGAUUCUAGUCAGGAGAGCCGGAACAGUAGCAGAUCAUCCAGCCCCAGUGUGAGGAUGAUAACGCCAGACAAGACAGAUACCAAUGGCUCAGAUAAUUCCAUCCCUAUGGCCUACCUGACCCUGGACCAUCAGUUACAGCCUCUAGCCCCAUGUCCAAACUCCAAAGAAUCUAUGGCUGUAUUUGAGCAGCACUGUAAGAUGGCACAGGAGUACCUGAAAGUGCAAACAGAAAUCGCUCUUCUCAUACAAAGGAAGAAUGAGCUGAUCGCAGAACUGGACCAGGACGAGAAGAAUCAGCAGAACGCGUGUCGUCUCGCUCAGGAGCACAAGAAGCUCCUAGAGGAGAACAAGAGUCUGUCCACCUACUACCAGCAGUGCAAGAAGCAACUGGAGCUGAUUCGAGCACAGCAGCAAAAGAGACAGGGCACCUCAUGAACCCUUUUAAAACCCACCCUCCCAUCACGUAACAGAGCCAGAUUGACUCUACAAUCAUAGUUCCCUUUCUCUCUUUCUCCCCAAUCCAAAUAUUGGGGUUUAGCUGUAUUUUGGCCCUGAAAACCCCUUAUUUUAAUUGUUAAAGCACCCCACCCUGGCCACCCAUGCCCAUAUGCACCCAUGAUACCUUUGAAGAUGGCAACCAUAUGAACUGUACUCCAUGGUUCUGUUGACUGUGGGUCAUUUCCGCCCCUGCAAACCGUUCUGAGACGGUUCUAAGACCAUUCAAAUUGCUCAACUGCACAAGCAUGCUGCAUUGCAUGUCUGUGAGGUCACAGCAGGAUAUGCAUUAGCAGGGCCACAGUUAAAGCCCUAUGGGUGUAAAACAGACUAUUGACUGCUGAUACAUACACAGUUCUUCAUUACGCUGUAUAUUGUGUUAGGAGGUCUACAAGUCAGUUGUGAACGGCUGCUGUUUGCCAAAUGAGCCAGCGCCAGAGUGUGUGAAGGCAAACUUUUAUUUCGAAAGGGGGAAACAUAUAGGGCUUGGGGGGGUUACUUUAUUAUAAAUAUGGAAAUGUUCAAUGGGAAGAAAAAAAGGAACAUACGAGGUCUUCAGCCCAUGGCCCUUUUGGAAUGUCUCCUCAAUUGGUCCUUUAGAAUGUGAAAGCAAAAUUGCUUUUAAGUUACAUGGAUACAAAUGCUAAUUUUAUCUUUUUAAUUCUAUCUUUUUAUUUUAUAGCUUUCACUUUGUGCUACUCUUGAUUUGAACCCUUUUAUGCAAAAAAAAAAAAAAAAAAAAAAACUACAGAACGUUCCCCUUUUUUUCUUUUUUUUUUCUUUUUUCAAUUGUUUGCCUUAGAAAGUGUUAUAAUAAUGUUUGUUGUAUUGAUUUAAAUGGAGCGGUGUAUCUUAUAUAUGCCUUGCAUGUCGAUCCUGUGUUUAUGGACAAACAGGAUGAUCUGUGUGUGUAUAUGUGCCCUCACAAGAAAAUGCAAUAUAUGAAAUCAGCUUCCACUGAUCAACAUCCCAUUCAAAAACAGGCCCAGUUUGAAAACUGAGCCAAAACAAACAAACGAAAAUGGACUUGUGAUUGUGAGGACAAACAUUUUAAUCAUGACUUAAGUAUUCUUGUGUUUCUUUGCUCUUUGUUGUGAAUCUUGUAUCUAACUUUGUAUGCUAAUUUAUCCAGGGUUUUCUGAGAUAUGCUUUAUAGUUUUCAUUCUGUCUGAAAGUAAGGGAAAGAUUUCUCUGUGACUUUCUCCGAGUUGGAUUUAUGUAUUUUUAGAUCACAUGAUGCCUUAGAGUUGAAUUGCUUGCAUUUACUUGACUUGUUUUGUUGCUUUAUGGCAAUGAGGCCACUCAAAAUGUAAUUACCAGUAUAGAAACAUGAGUGAAUGGCUCUUUUCAAAGGUUUGCAUAUGCAAAUGAAUGAAAUCAAGAGGGUAAUACAUACCGAAGAGUGGCCAGAUUUUUGUCUGAUAUAAAUGGUCUCGUCAAUAUGCUCCAGAAAUCACAAUAAGGGCAGUCGUCCUGUUCUUGUUCUUUUAGUUUGCUCCUUGUUUUUACCACUUAUUUUCAUCCCUGAUCUUAAAAGGAUAGUUCACCCAAAAGUGAACAUUUUGUCAUUUAUUUGACCUCAUGUUGUUCCAAACCAGUACAGUAUGACUUACUUUUUUAAAUGGAACACAGAAGAUGCUAAGCAGUAGUCUCGGUCACUAUUCACUUUCAUUGCAUAGUAUAAUUUUUUGCCAUACAAUGAAAGUGAAUGUUGACUGAGGGUGACAUUCUGCCUAUUAGUUCCUUUUGUGUUCCACGGAAGAGAGUCAUAUGGGUUUGGAACAACAUAAGGGUGAGGAAAUUAUGACAGAAUUAGCAUUUUUAAGUGACCUAUUCCUUUAAUUUAAGAUUUUGAAAUAGGAUUCAGAGCAGUUUUGUUCCACAAGGCCUGAAUUCCUUUAGAUGUCACACCUUUGUUUACUCUGCGAAAUUUCUCCCCACACUUUUUUGCACAAUACAACCUUGACUGGUUAUCACUAAUAACAAAGAAUGGUCACUUUACUCUGAAGAUCUUAAGCAGGGUAAGGAACAUUUGGAUUUUUUUUAAGAUCUUCAAGUGAGUUCUCUGCACAUCUUGUUUUCCCAGACAUCUUUGUUGUUUUUGUUCAACAGUGAAGUGUUUUAUUUUUCAUAGAGUUCAAUGUUCCUGAUUAGUUUCUGUUCUGUGUUCUGUAAAUAAGAUGUCUGAUUUCUUAAGCUAUUGGGAACAGGAAUAUACAGGUGAAGGUCGCAUCUUGAAAUAAAUCAAACAGGUAAA